UUGUUACCACCGAUAUUGCUUUUCCUUUAUUUUUAUACAGUUAUCUAUAGUGCGAUGACGGAGAAAUUGUUGCUGUAUAAAGACAAGUAGUCGUAAAGCGAGGACGCCCCGUACUGAAGCGAUAUGAGGCCAGUUUGACGUGGUACGCGAGUCGACUACAUUUCCCAGAGUUCCUCGCGGUCUCUCUCCUUCUCAGCCACGGACGCGCGCACUGGUUGGCACAGGUUGGCACCGGUCCUCGGAGCGCACGCGGCGUGUUUUGUUGGCAGGAACGCCGGCCGGGCACUCGACGCCUUUUUGGGGGUCGCGAUGAGCUCCAUCCUCGGCUAAUUUUGCGGCGGAUGAUCGCAGUAAGAUGCCGACAUGGAGAUAACAACGCGGCACAGAGCGUCCUUGUACGGAGACAUCGCUCACGGUCUGGGAUUCUGGGCAGAGCGGUCGGCGGUCCACGAGGCGGCGGCGCGAGGCCGCGCGGCGCAGCUGCAGCAGCUGAUCCGGGACGGGGCGGCCGUCGACGCCGCGGCCGGCGACUCCAUCGCGCCUUUGCACGAGGCCUGCGUCCAGGGACACGCCCGCUGUGUCGCGCUGCUGCUGGCCGCCGGGGCGCAGGUGGACGCCCGUAACAUCGACGGCAGCACCCCCCUGUGCGACGCCUGCGCGGCCGGCAGCCCCGAGUGCGUCGAGCUGCUGCUGGACUACGGCGCCGCCGUCAACCCGCCGCUCUGCAUGUCCUCGCCGCUUCACGAGGCCUGCGUGCGAGGCAGUUCGGCUUGCGUGUCGCUGCUGAUGGAGCGCGGCGCCCGGAUGGAGGCUCGCGACUGCUGCUACGGAACGCCGCUCCACGUCGCCUGCGCCUGCCAACACUACGACUGCACCAAACUGCUCCUCAAUGCCGGCGCGAACGUGAACGCGGCCAAGCUUCACGAGACGGCGCUCCAUCACGCCGCCAAGACGCGCCGCGUGGACCUGAUCGAGCUGCUGCUGGAGUUCGGCGCCGACCCGCACGCCCGAGACUUGGCGGGCAAGAAGGCCGUCCAGUACACGGCGCCGGGAUCGCCUGCACACGGCUGCUUUCGCUUCUACGAGGACACGCCGCUGAGUCUCCAGCAGAUGACCCGGGUGGCCCUGAGGAGGAUCCUGGGUGUGAGGGCGCUGCGCGUUUUUUCCCAGCUGGGUUUGCCCAAUCGCAUGAUUGCUUUUCUGUCGUACUCGCCCCCUCCCGUUUUUGACGUCUGACGAGCGACGUUGGCUACGUGAUCGUAAGCAUCUGCAAAAUCACUUGGAGCGUGAUUAUUCAUGUUACAAUUAUUUUGGAUUGAAAUGUUGACAGUUUAUAUGCUGUAUGUACAUUUGUAAAUGAGACAUCGGUCUACUACCUCCAUGUGAUCCGCAUGUAAAUAAAGCUUCCGCUUACCAAAUGCUUUGCAAAUAUGCAAGCAAAGAUUGACUGAUCUAUUUUUUUAACAUUUCUUCGGGGGGGGGCAGUAAAAAACAACUACACUAUUAUAUACACAGCGGUGUUGCCAACAUUAAAAAAAAAAAAAUUCACACGAUGAACUAUUAGGUAAAAUAUCCAAAACUGAAAAAAAAAAAAAUGUCCCCCCAAAAUAAACAACCUGUCAAAACAAUAACCAAAAUCUGAAAAACAGACAAAAUAUGGCAAAAAAAAAAAAUAUGUAAAGAGAAAAAAAAGCAAAAAUCUGCUAAGACCUAUAUAAAUAUGUCAAAACUGACAACAGGUAAAAUGAUACCGACGUCACACAGUGAACUCGUCGAAAAAUCAACAAAAACCUAUUACACCUGAGGAAAAAAAGAAAUCUAGAUAGACCAUUGCAUGACAAAAAACAGACAAACCUGGCAACUGCUAACAACUUAACAAAUUUCUGACAAAUAUUGCAGAUAAUAUAACAGCCUAAUACUGACAUUGUGAAUCUUACAAAAACAAAAAGACAAAAAUCCAACAAAAACUGAGAAAUUUGAUGAAAAUUGGGCAAAUUUUGAAAAAUAAAAUAUGUAAAUAAGUGAAUGGUAUUUAUCAAUCAAUGAGUCUCCAUGAUUUAUAUCUUCCAUGAAUACAUAUUUGUUAGCAUCUUUGUAAAAACAUCCUUCGAGCCGGAUUUGAACCAGCGACCUAAGGAUUUCAACUUGGAGCCUCUACAGUCCUCCGCUCUACCAACUGAGCUAUCGAAGGGACUGAGAAACACUGUCAAACUUUAACGUGAAAUAAAUCAGCAGUACCAAGAUGGAUUACAAAUUAAUCAUGAUGAAAUUGUCACAAUUGCUUUUUCCCCAAUUAUUACGAUGUAAAUUGUCGAAAACAUCAUUCGAGCUGGAUUUGAACCAGCGACCUAAGGAGGUCAGCUUGGAGCCUCUACAGUCCUCCGCUCUCCCAACUGAGCUAUCGGAGGACAGAUUACUAGCAACCUUUUAUUGCUCAGUGACUGUUUCUUUGUCUGUCAAAGCGUUCUCUGGUAA